AUGACCAACAAAACACGUUUUGUUGAGAUGAAUGGACAAAACGUGGCAUUGACUGUAAACGAAGAGAAGGGAUUUUUGGUGACUCAUUGGAAGGAUGAAGUGAAUGGAUUGAAGAUACUCACUGAUUAUGUUACUCAGCUCUUCAAUAUUGAUGUAUUGGGAAUUACAUUUAAUCGUAAAAACAUUUGGAUGAUUGAUUGGGUGAAUAGUAGACAGCAGUCACAUGUCAGAAGUGUCUAUUGUGAAGACUGGAAAGACACUUUAACAGAAGACGAGUUGACUCAUAUUCUGAGAGAUUGCCCCGCCUCGUUUCGAACUGUCAUCUAUCCAUCACCACCUCCCAAUUUUCAGUUUCGAGAGAAUUUCAGAAGUAUUGAUUAUUUGUCCAUCAGUGACGGGUCAUGGGUGACAAUAGACAAUUUGCUCACAAUGGAUGGACGGGAAAUAAUGCUGUUCAAAUCUUCCUUGACUAGUAUUAAUAUGAAUACAUUUUUAAAGCAUUGGCUAGCCGGAGGAAGUCCACGAUUGAAACUGUUUUCUGCUAAAACCGUAAAUUUCGAUCUUGAUGCUUUGUUUGCCGACAUAAAUGUGGUUCUUGUAAAAAGCUUGCGACAGUAUACCAGCCCAUUUCAAAUCAAAUAUCGCUUCAGUUUUGGAUAUGAUCUACGACGGAACGAUGGUGUGACUGCUACAGUACUCUAUCGGCCAGACGGGGGAAUAAUAAUUGCUGUUUGGCCAGAGAUCGUGUGUUAUCAUUAA